CCCACACACACAGGAGGACAAGAGGAGAAGCCAUGCACUCCGAGGUGGAGAAAAGCUCUGUAGGCACUGGAGAUGUUGAGUACAGCAGUAUGUUAAUGCUUGAAGGAAUGCCAGCCGUAAGAAUCAAAACUGAGCCACCGGAACCCAAGCAAGGGUCAGCCCAAGCCUCUGAAUACACACAGAUGGAAGCGGUGCCCUUGCUGAUAAACAAUGUGAAAAUGGAGCCGUGUGCGCUGCCCGUUGAGAAGAAAGCUGAGCAGCCUGUGCUGCUGAACAACAUCAAGACUGAACCUCCAGAGGAGCUGCUCUCUGGCGAGGACAACCAGCCACAGACUGAGCCUGUGGACUUGUCUUUAAACAAGCCCAGGACCUUGACAAUCACCCCCAUCGUUUCGUCGCCUUUCCCGAUGAUCACAUCCGUUUCUUCCUAUACUCCUUCCUCCUUGGACUUGUCCACGGGAACCGUCAAAGUGACCUCGGCCAUUCCAGCUGUGCUGUCACCAGGCUCCAUCUUGGCCUCCUCGCAGGGCGUGGGGGGGCAGCAGCUUCUGCACGUCAUACACACUGUGCCCUCUAUCAACCUGCCCAGCAAAAUGGGCAACCUCCAGCACAUCCCCGUGGUGGUGCAGUCGCUGCCUGUGGUCUACACCUCGAUCCAGCAGGAGGGCCUGAAGCAGACCAUUACCGUGCCCCUCAUAGGAGAUGACGGGAAGAGCGAAGGAGCAGUGCGGAUUGAUCAGAGCCCCAUGUCCCCCGUGGAGAUCAAGAGCGACAGCGAGGACGAGGUCGAUCCACCCAACAUAUCCUUCGACAGCCUCCACGAGAGUGGCUCUGCGAUGCUCAACCUGCACCAGAUGCAAGAUGAGGACCCCGUGUGGCCCGUUGACCCAUCUUCCCAUCUGCUGGAGGACGCCUACAGUGCGUCGAGCAUGCAUGAGCUGCACCGGAUGCAGAGGGCGGAAUCCCCCGACGCCAAGAAGAGGCGGGUUCACCAGUGCGACUUCGAUGGGUGUAACAAGGUGUACACGAAGAGCUCGCAUUUAAAGGCCCACAGGAGGAUCCACACAGGUGAGAAGCCCUACAGAUGUACCUGGGAAGGCUGUUUGUGGAAGUUUGCACGCUCAGACGAGCUGACCAGGCAUUUUCGGAAGCACACGGGCAUCAAGCCGUUCAAGUGCUCGGACUGCGAUCGUAGCUUUUCCCGCUCAGACCACCUGGCUCUGCACCGCAGAAGACACUUGAUGAUGUGAAGGUACCUUUCGGGCAAGCUUCACAUCCCAGCUCUGGCUCCGGCUCCCACAGCUAAUAAUUCCCAGGAUUUGGCUCGGCUGAAUUGCGACAGCUCUGGCUGUAAGAUGGCACCUAUGGAUGCCUCCGGAAAGAGAGCGUACGAGAGAGAGUGAACGAGAGAGAGAAGCCCACGUACCCUCAAAAGACUGUGAAACUCUUCGAAUCCCAGUUUUUUCCUUUUUGAUGUUGAGUACAGUGACAGUUACAGUACUGACUGCAAUCCUGUAGUUUGAGAUGAAGCCUGUUGGUUUUUGACAUCGAUUUCUUCAUUUCCUCUCCCUCCCCACCCCUCCUUUGAUGACGCCAACAAGGAUGGAGGAAAGUAACAAAAAAACAGACCCAGCCAGAGUCUGGUGCCCACAGUGAAUUCCAACGACCAUUCAUUCACACAUUAAUUAAUCCAUUCAUUCAUUCAUUCAUUCAUUCAUUGUGACACCUGUGGAAGUGUUAGGGGCAAUCGAUCAGAUAGAAGAACAAAUCACUGUGCAUUCUGGACAGUUUUCAUCCAUGCUCUAUCCACUUAAGGGUUUGCCUUCCUGUAUCCUGAAGCAUGUAAAAAAAAAUUUUUUUUGCCCUGCAAAUAUUUUAUUCAGCGUUUUCUCUGAAAUGUGAGCGCUCCUCAUGACAGCUACAUAUUGUACAGAGAUUUAACGAACAACAAAUUUAUCCCCGGUCCUCCCUCCCAUCUACACAGGUUAUUGGUUUUAUCGCCU